AUACCGACUAGAGCACUACGACAUUGGGUUAGUCUUGUGUGGCUUGUUGUAAGUACGGUACGGCCGCCUGUAGAAAGUGAAAUGUGAAUAUAUUUUUACUUUUUAAAACCAAACCAAAAUUCCGAUAAGACUGAACCAGUGUACACUUUUUUACGUUGUAGGAUAGAGUUUGUUUACUAAAUACAGUGUUUUGUGCAUUUAAAGGAUAAUAAAAACAAUUUGUAACGAUGUGGAAAAUAUCAUUCCUGUUUAUUAUAUUACCUCUUAUUGUUAAUGGUGCUUCCGAUAACAAUAAUGUUCAAAUGACAAGAACAUCUAUAAAAGUAGCCAGAAAUCUGGAUCCUGAUGCCAUGGAAACGUUAGAAGUGAAAACUCGAACGGGAGACAUCGCUACCAUAGUUGUAAAGAAACGUGAUAGCAGACAACAAUUUACAGAAUCAGCACCCAACCCAAACUUAGAGUUGGUAUCAAUGAGUAAUGAAAAUACACCUAAAGUACCAGAUCCCGUCGUCAUACGAUCAGAUUCAGUUUAUGUAAAAAAUCAAAAAGACGAAGAAAAAAAAUCCAGAAGUCUUUUUCAUGUGGAUUCCGACGGCAUACCUGUCAUUACCGGAGUUCGAGAACCCGAUGAUGAAAAUGACACUCAGGUUUGGAGAAACGCAAGAGUUAUUAACGGUAUUUUAGUUCCAAAUACAAAUAAGACUAACCAACAUGUGGUAAAAGAAGAGUAUAAGCCAGUUUCUCCAAUGUUCAACGGCGUUUGGCAGGUGUAUAGAAAAAAACCUGAGCCAGAAAAUGCUCAACCUAUUUUAAACAAUGAACAGCAACAUUUUACGGCACAACGAGAUUCGUAUGAUGAAAAAUAUAUGACAGACAAGAUCCUUGGGUACAUAAAGAAUAUUAACGGAAACAUUUUAGGCAAUGACCGUACAUCCAGGAUGUUGGAGCCAAAAAUGGAAGCUCGUGUGUUACAUGCACCAAGUAUAAGUGUAUUCCCAAAUUCUGCCGCCUAUUCGCCAAAAACAGUAUCAAGGUUGUCGUUCGAAGAGAGUGCAAGGACCCCCGUACUACAGUAUGCUCAUCCAGAGUUGGGCGUCCAAGUGGCAAAAUAUGAACCACCUGUUCCUGCUCCUGUUCCUGUAGAGGAAACCCAAAGAGACGGUAGAAGACAACAAGCACUUUCAUAUUUUGGGCAUGAUAUUCAUGCGGAUAGGAGUCCUUACGCAUUUGAACCUGGCUUAGAAAAAGAAUCAAGAGUCAAACUUCCUAAGAAAUACUCUCCACAUUAUAGCUUACCCGAAAAACAGGGGAAAUAUGGACCUAGUUAUUAUACUAACGACGAAGCAUCGUUUUGGACCCUAAUGAAGAAUAAAAUGAAAACAAGUUUCGAUAAGAUGUCCGAUUUAACGAGACCCGUAGUCGAUCCAUUAGUGGAAGCUACACAUAAGAUAACAGGCAAUUUAGGUUUCGGAAACGGAAACCGCGAACUCACUAAUGUGGUCAAAGAAAAGCUUGGUAUGGUAGCCACGCCAUCGAUCUUGUUACCUGCAUUGGGUCUAGUAGCCGGAGGAGCAGCUUUAGGGCUAGGUGCAGUAGCAGUAGGAAGGUACCUCGAUUAUGACGUUGUAAGAAUGAGAAAUAAUGAUGAUAUAAUCGAGUUCCAACGAUCAUUAAAUGGAUCGUAUCAACCAAUUUUCAUCCAACCUGCGCAAAUAGAAAACAAAACAACUAAAAAUGAAAAUGAAGCUGAACCUCUAAGUAGAAAUAGAAGGUCGUUGUAUUAUAAAAAAGGAAGACCAUAUACAAAUCGUAAACUUAGAAAAGUUAAACUAACUCUAAAAACACUAUAGUAACUUACACUAUUCCUCGUAACUUUUACAAUAGUAAACGGUUAAAAAGUUAAAUAUUUAUUGAAGUAUAAAAUAUAGUAUAAGCCAUUAAAUUUAGUUAUAUAUAAAUAUAACAGUAGGUACCUAAGUAAUAUUAAAUUU